AUGCCAUCCAGUGCGUAUCGUGGUACCGUUACACUUGUAGGUAGAAUACUAAAGAUCGCGUAUGAUCGACACAGCAAAGCUUACUACAGCAUGCCAUCCGGUGCGUAUCGUGGUACCGUUACACUUGUAGGUAGAAUACUAAAGAUCGCGUAUGAUCGACACAGCAAAUCUUACUACAGCAUGCCAUCCGGUGCGUAUCGUGGUACCGUUACACUUGUAGGUAGAAUACUAAAGAUCGCGUAUGAUCGACACAGCAAAUCUUACUACAGCAUGCCAUCCGGUGCGUAUCGUGGUACCGUUACACUUGUAGGUAGAAUACUAAAGAUCGCGUAUGAUCGACACAGCAAAUCUUACUACAGCAUGCCAUCCGGUGCGUAUCGUGGUACCGUUACACUUGUAGGUAGAAUACUAAAGAUCGCGUAUGAUCGACACAGCAAAUCUUACUACAGCAUGCCAUCCGGUGCGUAUCGUGGUACCGUUACACUUGUAGGUAGAAUACUAAAGAUCGCGUAUGAUCGACACAGCAAAUCUUACUACAGCAUGCCAUCCGGUGCGUAUCGUGGUACCGUUACACUUGUAGGUAGAAUACUAAAGAUCGCGUAUGAUCGACACAGCAAAUCUUACUACAGCAUGCCAUCCGGUGCGUAUCGUGGUACCGUUACACUUGUAGGUAGAAUACUAAAGAUCGCGUAUGAUCGACACAGCAAAUCUUACUACAGCAUGCCAUCCGGUGCGUAUCGUGGUACCGUUACACUUGUAGGUAGAAUACUAAAGAUCGCGUAUGAUCGACACAGCAAAUCUUACUACAGCAUGCCAUCCGGUGCGUAUCGUGGUACCGUUACACUUGUAGGUAGAAUACUAAAGAUCGCGUAUGAUCGACACAGCAAAUCUUACUACAGCAUGCCAUCCGGUGCGUAUCGUGGUACCGUUACACUUGUAGGUAGAAUACUAAAGAUCGCGUAUGAUCGACACAGCAAAUCUUACUACAGCAUGCCAUCCGGUGCGUAUCGUGGUACAGUGGUAGAGAAUACAUUUAAAAAAAUAUAUUUUUGA